UCAGCUAAGGAAUAUUGUAAUGGUUGGUGGUUAUGACGAACAUCAUAUGACCGAACAAAAUGCCACUCUUUUUUCUGACAUCAAACGAACCUAUGAUAUACGUCCGCCACAGGCUAUGCAAGCAAUACGCGUGAUAGGUCUUGAGACAGAAUAUAUGACAAUAUGCGAAAUAGAAGUUUACCGACAAGAAGAUUGCAUGAAUGGAACCUAUGGCCCUAAUUGUGAAAGCAGAUGUCAUUGUCUGAAAGGACCUUGUGACACGAUAAACGGUACCUGUGGGUCAGGAUGUCAGGCUGGCUGGAGAGGAGCCGCAUGCAACGAAACUUGCGACAACGGAUUGUACGGCCGAGACUGUCUGACGCAAUGUGGUUAUUGUCUGAACAACGCUUACUGUAAUAAGACAUCUGGUGUAUGUCCUGGAUGUGCUGCAGGAUAUAACGGUUCUCUCUGCAAAGACGAAUGUGAAAACGGAUCGCAUGGUCUUCGAUGUCAGAACAUGUGUGGUAAUUGUCAGAACAAGGUGCCCUGUAACAAGGUUUCCGGCGUCUGCCCUGGGGAAUGUGAACCCGGAUAUAACGGGACGAUGUGCAAAGACGCUUGCGACAACGGAUGGUACGGCCAGAGCUGUCUUACCCAAUGUGGUAAAUGUCUGAACAACACUGCCUGUAAUAAGACUUCCGGUAUGUGUCCAGAUGGAUGUGCUGCAGGAUACACAGGUUCUCUCUGCAUUGGUGUUAUUCAGUCUGAGCUCAUAGGACCAGCUGUUGGUGGUUCGAUUGGGGGUAUUGUUAUAAUCGCAAUCGUCAUUGUAUCAAUUAUUGCAAUAAGAAGAAGGCGUUCAACACCAACAAAAAGACACCAGUUCGACGACAUUCCUGUUGCAAUUCAGAAUGGUAAAGAUUUUAAAAUCGACCAAACGCCGACAACGUCAGAUACUAAACCUCUGAAAGGCCCAAAUGGAGCCAUUUUAAACGCAGUGUAUGCAAACACAGGGUCGCCAGAAGAAGACGGUCUUUACUACAACAGCGAACCACUACAUAGAAAACGUAAGCGUACUGAAAUACGUCUCAUUGCUGUCGAUAAACUGCAAGAGUUCGUACGAGACAACUACCAGAACAAAACAAUCUUCCAGCAAGAUUUUGAUAAAAUACCAUAUGGUCUUCAACAUCCGACGAUUGUGGCAUCUGCAGCCACAGGCAAAAAUAGAUACAAGGAUAUGUAUGCAUACGACCAUUCUCGAGUGAUUCUCAGAACAAUCGCUGAUGAACCGAAUUCCGACUACAUCAACGCCUGCCAUGUCGAUGGCUACAUGGAAGAAAAAAAGUAUAUUGCAUCUCAAGGUCCAGUCAAUCCACUUAUAGGCGAUUUUUGGAGAAUGGUGUGGGAACAAGACGUCUUUAUUAUUGUUAUGGCUACGAAACUCGUUGAAGAAGGAAAGAUGAAAUGUUUGAAAUACUGGGGCGAAAGCAAACCGAUAAUACACUGAACCUUUGCGGUCACACUUUCAGAAGAAAAAGACUAUUCAUGUUAUACAAUUCGAACGAUUACACUGCAUGAAAAGGAUAAACCACAUGUUUCUCGCAACGUGACCCAGUUUCACUACACUACUUGGCCCGAUAAAAGCGUGCCAACCAGCAGCACAAGCCUAGUUCAAUUCUGGAGAAAGAUAAGGUGUCAAAAGAGAACCGCCAAACAACCAUGGCUAAUAC